CUCCGCCUCCGCCGCGGCCGCUCCUCUGGGCGCCGCUCCCGCCCAUCUCCGCGCCGCUUGGCCCGCCUCUUCCCGCGAUAGCGCCGGGCCCGCUGUCAUGGCGGCGGCGGAGGAGCCCGAGGUUGACAUCGAGGGGGACCCUGCGGCCGCCCCGGGAGAUCAUGAAAACACUGCAUCAAGCCUGCUGCAGGAUCACUAUCUUGAUUCAUCUUGGAGAACUGGCAACAGUCUUCCCUGGACACUGGACAACAGCAUUAGUGAAGAAAACAGGGCUGUCAUUGAGAAGAUGUUGCUGGAAGAAGAAUAUUAUUUAUCUAAUAAAUCACUUUCUGAAAAAAUAUGGCUCAACCAAAAGGAAGUGGAGAAAAGAUCUGUAAAAAGUCCACAUAAGAAAACUGGAAAAGUCAUGGUGCGUUCGCCUACAAAAUCACCUGGCUGUUCUUUAAAGUGGACAUCAGAAGAAAAAGAGCUGUUUGAACAAGGACUGGUGAAAUUUGGCCGCAGGUGGACAAAAAUUGCCAAACUGAUUGGCACUCGAACGGUUCUGCAAGUCAAGAGCUAUGCUCGGCAGUACUUCAGGAACAAGGCAAAAAAUGGUGAUUCAGAAAAAGAAGAGCAAAGUCAGUGUAGGAGCAGCCUUCCCACGGAAGAUGGGGCAGGAAUAGAAGCUGGAAACUUGAGAGGCCGGGCAGACCCCAACCUGAACGCGGUGAAAAUCGAGAAGCUGUCAGAUGAUGAGGAAGUGGACAUAACUGAUGACAUGGAUGAACUGCUCACUCCUGCCUUCCAACAAGAAACAGGAAAAUCUGAAUUAUCUGUUAUCCCAAAAAGUCCAGUUGAAGAAACAAAAGCAGUGGAACAAGGUUUUUCAUCUGCUGGCCACAGUUCUGCAACUGCUUUGCCUAAAGAAGAUCCUCAGCACACCAGGCCAGAGACAGUGGAUGCGUUGGUAUUUCCUGCUGUGGCAGCAACGUGUUCCCAGCACCUGAAUGGGGAUAAAUCUGUGAAUUUGGAUUACCAGCAGUACAACAGUCUUGUUGAGAAAGCUGAGCAAAGUGGACUAGUCACAUGUCCUGCACAAGGAACCGAUCAGGAGCUCAGUGAGGAGCAAAAAGACCUGGCUGAUAAUGGACUGCUUUUUCCUUCUUCCUGCCAAGUGGAUGAAGAUCACCAAGAGGAAGCAGAGGAGCUGAAGCCACCUGAUCAAGAAGUGGAGGUUGACCGAAGCAUCAUUCUGGAAGAAGAGAAGCAGGCUAUUCCUGAAUUCUUUGAAGGGCGCCAGGCCAAAACACCAGAGCGUUAUUUGAAAAUCAGGAAUUAUAUUUUGGAUCAGUGGGAGAGAUGCAAACCCAAAUACCUGAACAAGACCUCGGUGCGGCCAGGCCUGAAGAACUGCGGGGACGUCAACUGCAUUGGGCGGAUCCACACCUACCUGGAGCUGAUAGGAGCAAUCAACUUUGGCUGUGAACAGGCCGUGUACAACCGGCCCCAGCCCGCCGACAGGAGCCGCUGCAGGGAGGGCAAGGACACGGUGGAAGCCUAUCAGCUGGCCCAGCGCCUGCAGUCCAUGCGCACGAGAAGACGGCGAGUGCGGGACCCUUGGGGAAACUGGUGUGAUGCAAAGGACUUGGAAGGACAGACAUUUGAGCAUCUCUCAGCUGAAGAAUUAGCAAGAAGGAGAGAGGAAGAAAAACUGAAACCUGCAAAAUCUUCUAAGGGUUCGAGACAAAUCAAAAGUUCCUUUGAUCCCUUUCAGCUGAUACCAUGCUGUUUGUUCACGGAAGAGAAGCAGGAACCCUUUCAGGUGAAAGUGUCUUCUGAAGCACUUUUAAUAAUGGAUUUGCACUCUCACGUGUCUCUGGCAGAAGUGAUUGGGCUGCUCGGUGGAAAGUACUCUGAAGCUGAUAAAAUUGUGGAAGUGCAUGCAGCAGAGCCGUGCAACAGCCUGAGCACAGGCCUGCAGUGCGAGAUGGACCCGGUGUCCCAGACCCAGGCCUCGGAGUCGCUGGCGGCCAGGGGCUUCCAGGUCAUCGGCUGGUACCACUCCCACCCCGCCUUCGAGCCCAGCCCCUCCAUCCGCGACAUCGACACGCAGGCCAAGUACCAGAGCUAUUUCUCCAGGGGUGGUGCCAUGUUCAUCGGGAUGAUCAUAAGCCCUUACAACAGGAACAAUCCUCUUCCCUAUUCCCAGAUCACCUGUCUGGUCAUUAGUGAUGAGAUCAGUUCUGAUGGUUCCUAUCGCCUGCCCUACAAAUUUGAAAUGGAACAGAUGUUGGAGGAGCCUCAGUGGGAAUUAGUAUUUGAAAAAACAAGGUGGAUAAUUGAGAAAUACAGAUUUUGCCACAGCAGUGUCCCCAUGGAUAAAAUUUUUCAUAGAGAUUCUGACCUGACUUGUUUGCAGAAACUUUUGGAGUGCAUGAGGAAGACUUUGGGCAAGGUAACAAGCUGCCUCAUUGCUGAAGAGUUCUUGACUCAGAUAGAAAACUUAUUCCUUUCCACAUACAAGAGUGAAAAAAAUGCUGAAGGAAGUGAGAAUGAACAUUCACAUGAAUUGCCAGUGUGAUGGCUUUGGAAUUUUGAUUUCAUUUUUUAAUUUCUUCCCCUCCUCUCCAUUGUGUCAACUCUUCCAGAAUUGUUAUCCCUUCUAGUAGUGACUGUUAAGAAUCCAGUGUCAUCUCAUUGUUGUGGUUUAAAAACAUUUUGAGAGCUCCUAAUGUGUGACCUGUGUGCCCAGGAAUGCUCAGUGCUGAUGAGUGCCAUGGAGUUAAUGAUUGACCAGCCUGAUGUUUGGAAGGAGGACAUCCUGUCAAGAAUGCUGUGCAUCAGUCUGCAAGGAGAGCUUGUCCUCUCUCAAGUCUUUCAGUUUGGGAAUUUUCUCUAAUGUUUUUAUCUACAAGUGCACCUCUAGUUCAGAAUGGAUUUUUUUCCUUUGCUUUAGGGAGUGGAAGUUCGAAUGAGUUCACAAAAGGGAAACUUAACUGAAAUGAGAGUUUUGUAGCUCAGACUUUCUUGGCGUCCAGUAAGAAGUUUCAUCCAGCUGUAGCAAAAUACAUCACCCAAUUUCUUUUUUUUUAUUAUUAUUUUUCUUAUUACUUUUCCCCAUUGAUUUUGAUGGUCAAGUAGCUUUUUUUGGCAUAUUCUUUGCCAUCCUGCUUCUAUACUGGGGAGAAAAAGCUGACGAGUUUCAUGACUUCUCAGUAGUGGCUGUGCUUGUUUCCAGUGGAAAUGAUAACUCCUGUCUUACUACAGGUUACCUCUUUCUGACCUUCCAUUCUACAGGGAGGUUUUAUGUUGUUCUCCAGAUCUUUGUGGUUUGUCCACUUCUAAUUGCCACUGUUUCCUGUGGAAACCAGAGUUCCUGAUUGAUGGCAAACUGAGUGCAACGAGCAGAAAAGGAUUUGUGUUUUUGAAGAAAAAAAAAUCCCCACUUUUAUAUUCAGUCUUCUCUAUAAUGUACAGUUCAAUAGAAAAACUUGUUUAUAUCAGUUCCUCAGUUAUGAUUUCAUACAGGUAUAUAUUUAGAUAAAUCAGUCACAGAUUGAUCUUGAUUGAGAAGUUUCCUGAUUGCAACUUGGAAAUAUUUCCUGAGCUGUAUCACUGUGAAUCCUUUUAGAAAAAAAUGUGCUUUAAAUGUUGCUUUCUAAAUAUUAAGGAAACUUGACUUGUCUACAGGUAUUACUAUUUACACAUGUUUAUCUUGGGCAGAGUUUCACAGAGAGGUCUAAAAUAUAUUUGAAAGUUUCAAGCAAGACUUGGAGUUUAUAUCUAGAGGGGAGACAAUGGACCCAAUUUUUAUUUUAAGAAAAUAUGUGUGUGUGUAUAUAUAUAUAUAUAGCUCUACAUAACAUAAAUGGAAUUUUGAUAUUGAUAUUUUAUAUGUUUCAACUUUUUGUUUGUAUAUGAGUUUGAAAAGCUUUAAAAUCAUAGAGUUGCAUCCCAAGGAGGGAACUCCUUCACAGGAAGUUCAUGUUAUAUUUUCCUCAGGCUUCAUGAGUCUCUCUGCCGCUAAGGGGAGGGAGCAGAACCUGAGCAGAUGAAAUUGUGAGCCCUUGAAACUCAGUGAUUUUCCCACAUUUAAGAGCUGUGGACUCAAAAUUUCUGGUGGGUGUUGUGUGCUCUCUCUCUGUUCAGAUGUGCUGUGCACAGCUGGAGGUCCCACUGCGGUAUGUAAUUUACCACUUAGUGUAUCCAUCUCUCUCUGGCCUGUUGGCUCAGUCUGCAUUUACUCUAAACUCUCAUCUCUGGGGCUUCCUGACCACCACUAUUGCAUGGAUUCCUGGAUUCCUGGCUGAGCUGCACUCCAGGUGGGAGAGCAUUCCUCCUUCUCAGUCAUGGGGAGGAGUUGUGUUGCAGUUUUGCAGUUUUCUGGAAAAACCCCAGUGUCAAUGUCCUGACAGUUCCAAUGAGAGCUGCUGGGAGGAGAAUUUUGAACUUCUGUUGUCACAGAACCAUGAAGUAGAUAGUGCUCAUUGUCCACACCCUAUUCCCAGCCCUUUAGGGAUGAGGCAGGAUUACCCAGGUAGUGCUAACCACGUCCUGGCUGCUUCCCUCUUUGAUGAUCACUGAGGUAAAGUCACACAGUUGUAUUGAUGUAUUCAACAGUGGUGUUAUGUAAGGAAAUUUUUGAGGAACCCAGACUUUUGAAGUGAUUUUUCUGAGGACAUGGGACAGGAUUGAACCUUUGAUAUGCACGUAAAAGCUCCAGAAUUCCAAGUGUUUGUUGCAGGAUGGUGUGGAGAAAAUGCAAUGCUUGUACUAUCAGGAUCCAGUCUAGCACACAGAAUUCUGUAGGAAUUGGAAAGAGCAAUGUGAUGCUGAGUAAUGAUUUUGUUGACAGGAGGCAGGGUAAGAAAAUAAACUAACCUGCUUUCCAUCAUUUAGUUUCACUGAGUGGUUAAUGAUAUGAGUUUGGAAGUUGCAUGCUUCCCAGGAAAUAAAAACCGGUUUAACUAAUAUACCAGUUCUACCAAAGACAUUUUAGGCAUGUAAAUUUUUUAUUAAAAAGUUUUUUUUCCCCAUCCAGGCUUUGUUUCAGUGGACCUGUACUAAUCUGCUGUUCCUUUCCAUAGGACCAGUGUUACACCUUACCAAGUUGUUGCUCAGGACAUGAGAAAUUGUUGAGUAGUGAGUAGAAUGAUACAGUUAAAACUGGAAUUCAACAGGUUAGGAAAGGAAAAAGAAAUUAACAAAAAACCCACAAAAUAAACCCAAACAACCCACCCCAAGAUACCACUUCUGGCAAGGGCAUUUGUUGGCUGAAUCAUGUUUUGCUGUCCCAGUUUCCAGCAGUGCUGCCUCACAGGGACACAGAUCUUGUGACCAAGGGAAGGGAACAUCCCUAAUUUUAUUUUUUUAAUAAACUAACCAACAUGCCAAAAACAAUUCAGUUGAAAAAACCAAAAUCCAUAACCAAGUAAAAAGUUAACACUGUUCCAUUGGUAUUCACUCAGUACUUUUUUCCUUUGCUUGCUUCUCUGCUAUUUCUGCCUGAUGACAGACAAGAGUCUCCUAAUAAAGGCUGCACAUGCAAGAAA